UGGCUAGUUGGUGCUGCAGUUGAUGAAAGACUAUGGUUUUGCUGGUUGAUUGUGGCCUCAUUUCAAGGUAUUUACUUAGCUGUUUUCUCAUUAUUUUCAAUGCACAUUGAAUGGAAAGAGGAAAGCUGCAACUUCCCCUGGUAAAUAUAUUGAUUUUUGAGAUAGCAAAAGCAAAUAGCUCUGAAAUUGAACUUGGAGAAACAGAGAUGAUCUGUUUGUGAAGCAGAGGACCUUUCAUUAUUAAAAAUUGUUGCUGAAUAGGCUGGACAAAUGGCGUUUUUCAAAAACCUUCACCAAAAUCUGAGCCUCCCCUCUGUGUCUUCCCUGGUGGACACGCUUAGCAGUGCUGUGGAUGAUCUGGCCAGUGUUGUUGGAGAGGUCAGCUACACUGUAGCUGACUCAGUAACAGAACAAGUAACCAGCAUGAUAAAUGGCCUUCGUGCAGAAGAUGAGAGCUCCAAAAUGCAGAACGAUAAACCUGUGGAAGGGAGAGAGGAACAUACACCGCCAUUAACUCAUUCUCAGGAAAUUAGCAGGAAAGUGAAGAGAGGUGUUGCAGAACACAAAGAGACUCAUUAUUCUAAUUCAUUAGAUUUUGUAAAAAAAGGUACAAGUCAAGUUGGAGUAUCUGACCAUGUCUUGGACAAAAACCAGAGCCAGUUAAAAGGCACAGAUAAUGAUAAUCCAUCCAGUUAUACAGAAGUACCUCAGGUUUUGAAGUCUGUAGGAGGACCUUUUAAAAGGGAAGCAGUAGGGGGAAAUGAGUGUAUUGUAAAUGAUAAGUUCUUGAAGGAUAGUCACCUGAAAAGUAAUAAACUUACCAUGGAGCAAUCUAUUGAGGAGCAAGAUAAUUGUCUAUAUGCAGUAUCGGAUAAUUCUAAGAAUCACUUGCAUAGAAAAAUCAAACCUCAGUCACCUGGAGUUGAUUUUAAGGAUUCUGAUCAAGAGCAUAGCAUGAAUGUUCCCCAAGAUUUAGAAACAAAACUUGUUGAAGUACAGAAGCAAAAAUUAUCAGACUCCAGCUUGAAGAAGAUGCACAAUGAUCCCAGUUGCCUUAAUGAAAUCGAAGAAAAGAAACCAGAAGCCUUUUUUGAUAGAAAAGGAAAAUUCACCUCAAAGGAUGAAGACGUGUCAACUACAAUUGCAAAUGAUGGUAAAAAGAAAAACUCAAAGAAAUUAGAGGGAGAGCUAUGUAAUAAGAAGACAGCAGGAAAAGACAAUUCUUAUAUGAGUAAAGACCAGCAUGGUUCAUCAUCUGAGAGUGAAGAUGAAGCACUGGGUAAAUAUCAUGAGGCCUUGUCUAGAACCCAGAGUUCCAGGCUGCCAGUGGUGGAUGGCAGACAGCAAAAAAACUAUAUAUGGGAAACCAGACAAAAAUAUAGUCCCCUGUCUGCAGAAUAUGAUGGAUACAGUAGUGAAGCCUCAAUAGAUGAAGCAAACUGCAUACAGAGGAUGAGAAGAACACCUCCGCUAGAUGAACUGCAGCCGCCUCCAUACCAGGAUGACAGCGGUUCUCCUCAUCUUUCCUGUACGCCUUCUGAAGUUGGAGACAGUAAAUGUGAAUAUUCCCAGUGUAGCAACAGUCCAAGAUGUUCAUAUAAGUGCCCAAGUGAGGGAAGCACGGGGCACGAAAUAGAAAGCUUUCAUAACAAGGGAUACGAAGAGGAUGUGCCAAGUGAUAGCACAGCGGUUCUUAGUCCAGAGGAUAUGUCAGCUCGAGGAUCAUCUUCACAGCUUCCUAAACCUUUUGAUCCUGAGCCAGUAGCUAAAUAUGGCACACUGGAUGUGACUUUUGACUAUGACUCACAGGAACAGAAGCUUUUGGUGACAGUGACAGCUGUCACAGACAUUCCCACAUACAGCAGGACAGGUGGAAGCUCGUGGCAAGUACACCUAGUUCUUCUCCCUAUAAAGAAGCAGAGAGCAAAAACCAGCAUCCAGCGGGGACCAUGCCCUGUCUUCACAGAGACAUUCAAAUUUAAUCACGUUGAGUCUGAGAUGAUUGGGAAUUAUGCAGUUCGCUUUAGACUGUACAGCGUACGUCGCAUGAAAAAAGAGAGGAUUGUGGGAGAAAAGAUUUUUUACUUAACAAAAUUGAAUCUUCAAGGGAAGAUGUCAGUGCCAGUGAUACUGGAACCUUCUUACAGUCUGUCUGGCUGUGACUCUCAAAUGAGCAUGUCAGAAGUGUCCUGCAGUGAAAGUACCUCCUCUUGUCAGUCUUUGGUACAUGGCUCAGCUCCAGAAAUCCUCAUUGGCCUCCUUUAUAAUGCUACAACUGGAAGAUUAUCAGCAGAAGUGAUAAAAGGCAGCCACUUCAAAAACUUGGCAGCGAACAGACCACCCAACGGACUGUUCUGUUGUCUAAAACACUUGAUAGGUGGACAGGUUUAUAUAAUCCGAGAUACAUAUGUUAAGUUAACACUGCUGAACUCGAUGGGGCAAGAGAUGUCCAAAUGCAAAACUUCCAUCCGGCGAGGACAGCCAAAUCCAGUGUACAAAGAAACCUUCGUUUUCCAGGUGGCUCUGUUCCAGCUGUCAGACGUGACACUCAUACUGUCUGUAUAUAAUAAGCGCAGCAUGAAACGAAAAGAGAUGAUAGGGUGGAUUUCCUUAGGUCUCAACAGCUCAGGAGAAGACGAACUCAAUCACUGGACUGAAAUGAAAGAAUCUAAAGGACAGCAAGUGUGUAGAUGGCAUACUUUACUAGAAUCGUAAUGGAUGGUAGGAAGUGUGGUCAUGGUUUAAAGGGAGUUUGUUCUCCUGAGAAGAUGAUCAUCCCUGGUCACAAUCAACAGAUCUGUUAUGGGAGUAAAAAAACAAAAAUUGAGGUCAACAUUCCAUCAUAAAGAAUGCACAAGAUGCAAAAUGGCCGGACUUAAUAUACAAUCUUCACUUAGUGUCAUAAACUUCCUUGGUGUCAGAGAAGCCGUGCUGUACACAGAUAUAUUAGCAGUCCCUUCCCCAUCCACCUGAUGCUGUAUUUGUUUGGGUUUGUUUUGUGGUUUUCAAUUCAGAAACAUUUUGUGUAAGGUUCUUUGAAUUAAUGUAAGCUCCUCCUUGUGUACUUUUUGUAUUGCUUUAAUACUGUAGCUUCUGACCUGCCUGCAUUCAGAUUAAAGGUCAACAGUUUGCACUUUGAGAAAAAGUUAAUGGUCUGUCUAGCAAAAGCAAAAAAAACCCAACCCACUGGUGAAAGAACACUUAGUAAUAUAGCAAAUAGAAAUAUACUGUUGUUUUACACUGAGUUUCUUUCCAGGAGCUUAGUACAAGUAAGUUUUCAUUUUUUGAUAUGCAGUUGGUUUGAAAAAUACUAGCAUUUGGGCAUCAGGUGAACUUUGACAUCAAACUAAUGUUUCUUCAAUCUGUGACAGGAACGAGCUCUAUAUAUGGCAUAAAUUGGGUUUUUCCCUCUUGCCUGUACUUCUGCCUAAUCCAAAGAGACCAGAUCAUUGGUUUGGUCCCUUCCAAAACUCCUUAGACAGGUUGUACUGUAAAACUAUGUAACUUUCUGUUGAAAGCACUUCCAGUAUUCAUGUAUUCCAAUGUAGGAAGCUCAUAGAGCACGACUUUACUAAAAUAUAUUUUCAUUAAACAAAUUGAUACAAAUUUCUUUAAAAUGUCAUCAGGUCGAAGUUAGGCUGAAAGACUGUGAAGGAAGUGGCAGCAGUUGAACUGCUCUGAAUGAAUGUGAAAUACUAUGGCUUUGCUUGAAGCAGGUAUCCGUUUGAGUCUCUUCUGAGCUCUUUUAGGAACUACCAUAUGCUGUUCGCUGGAACUAGAGAGCAGACAAGGAGUUUUUACAUUUCUUCUUGAAGAAGAGAACAUCAGUAAGUUAUAUUUCUAGUGAUUUUUCAGCAAUUAAAUGAGUGUUCCCAUGCAAAAUAGAAGUUUGCUUUGCUUGUGUUCAGGCUGGGAAACACAGCUUUCUAAUGACGCAGUUGAGAAGUCACAGUAUUACAAGAAGGUUUGCCAUCAGGUAAACACUUGUGGCAUCCACCAAAAUUGGGGAUAUAUCAGUGCUUCUGAGAUUCCUAUUUGUCCCAAAUGCUUUAGGUGGACUCACACUAAUUUAUUGACUGCUGAAUCUAAUUCAUAUUACUGAAAUUGUGGGUUAUUGAGUAAACAUAUUUCUUUUUAAAAAGCUUCCCAAUUCAAAUAUUCUUUUUGCCAGUAAUGAAUAAGCUCCAUUUAUUUUUAAUUAUUGCUGUAUGAAAAGCAAGUGAUUUUUUUUUUUCUUAUAAAUGAUGGUUAUGUCUUACUAAUACGGGACCUCACUGACUGUUGUAGCACCUGGUGGGUAGAAGACUAUUGGAUUUUGUUGAAAGAAUUAGUUUUAGUCUAGAGCGUUCUCAUUAGGACAAACGUUUUUCUCUUGAAUUUCUUUAUACUGUCUCCGAACAAUCCUGACCUUUCAUUUUACAGACUGUCAAGUACAGUGAGAUUGGUGAAGGUGAGUAUGCUAUAAUAGAGAUAUUUCACGUGGUUCUCAAAUUCUCACACUACUUAACAAUUACAUUAAGUCCUUUUUUAAAGUAUAUUGUAAUUCCAUGUCUUAGUUUAUUUGGUGCCUUUUGAUGGGUUUAUUUGCAGAGCCGGGCUUUCGGUUUUUAUGGAUUUAAAGAUUUAAACACUAUUACAGACCUUUUUGGGGUUUUUUUCCUCCUGAUAUUGCGCUGCUGCUUCAUUUACAGAAGCUUUAUUUACUAAAUACAAAUAAUGCAAAAAACUUUCUUUAAACAGGAACGGUCUUGCAGCAAUACUCUUUCAGUCCUUUUUGUUGAUCAGUUUGUGAAAUAUAAUGUUGAGUGUAGAAUUUAAUAAAAAAACAACAUUAAUUUUAUAUGCAUAAGGAAAAUGCUCAGAUUUUCACAAUCCUUUCAGUUUCCCAUGUAAUAGAAACCAUGACUUAGAAGCUGUACAAAAGCAGUUUUUCAGUGGAUGUGGAAGUGUUUUUAUCCAUUCUCUUCGUGUAUAUUUGGACGCUCUUUCCCGAAGCUGAAAGUUGUCUCUUGAUGGUUGUCUCUUUGUACAAGUUUUGCUAUAUAAAAUAAUGUACAAUAUUUAACAGCAAGAACUGAGCCAGUUAAUUCUAGUGGAGAUGUACUUAAUGUCGCUAUUGAACAAAUGAAGAAGUCAGUUUGGAAGGUGCAGCAAAUAACCUCUUACAAAACCAAACUCAAUUAAACUGUGUCAUGAUGUGCGUUUCUGCUUGUAGGUUGAUUUGCUUCAGCUUUCCAUCUAAUCCUUUAGAUUUCUAAGGCACUGAAAUCUUAAUUUAGACACAGCAGAGAUUUAUAGUCAUCUGUGUUGGGCACAUUACGGGAGAGGAAUUUCUCUCUAGGUCACAUGACUUUUCCUAAAGUAUCCAGGACCAAUCUGUGUUUCACAGAAGCAGGAUUGGUUUACUUGGAUUUAUACUGUACAAAGCUAGGAACUCAAUGUAUAAAGAAUGUAAAUGAAUGUUUAAUUUUGAGGCAGUAGAAUAUGGAUUUGCCAUGCAAAACCAGUCACACCAAUAAUUGGAUUCGUCUUGGGAUUUUUGUGAGUUAAUUAUAGUACCAAUAGCUGUCAUGUUGUUUUUUCUUCCUAGAAUCCAUUCUUACUAUUUGAUUUGUUUGUAAUUUUGUUUUUCUUAUUGCUUAUGCGAACCUAUACUUUUGUAUUUGAAGUCUGCCUUUAGAUAUUGUGGAUUUUUUGAACCCUGCGUAAGGGCUUACACAUACAGUGUGGUUUUGUGCAUUCAGUUAGAUCAUAAGCCCGGAACAGAAUUUCUAAAGAACCAAGUAUCACUAACAAAUUAGAGGCACUUGUGUUUUCCUCAGAGUUGGCUGUGGUUUUUUUAUAGCUUUUUGUUGUUUGCCUUUGUUCAAAAGUACAGUGAGCACUUGGAAAAAAUUACCAAACUAAUUAUUUUUCUGUGUGCCAGUAUACCAUGUAGAGAUUGCAGAUCUUGAAUUGAAUCUGUUUCCUGUCAGUGUAGCCUUAAAUAAUUAUAGAACAGUGACGUUCUUGCAGAUUCUAUUCUUGAAAAUAUUGCAUCCUUUCUGUGUAUAAACUAUUUGAUUUAAUGUUUAGAACAUUUCACAUAGCUCGUCUUAAAGUAUUAUGAAUGUGAAAAAGUUGGUAAGGACAAGGUUGUGAAGGGCAGGACAGCCAAGCAUGAAAGAUGCACCGUGCAGAAAGAUGAGAGGCUGUACAGCACCUGCAGGACAUCGCUGUCUCCCACAUGCAUGGAGGCAAGAAGUCAGCAGAGUCGUGCUGCACUUCCAGUUCAGCCAGGUGGCACAGGGAAGGAGGAUAGCACUGGGAAGAUUCAAUCCUUUGUCACCGUGGUGCUUCCUCACACUCAGGACUUAAAACAUCCACAUUGUAAUCACACUGUGAGGUCUGACUGCAAAGGCAGAAGUUAGGCAAGGUGUUAAGUUCUGCUACGGGAGAAAUAUGACACUAUUUCUAGAUGCAAUUAAUGUCUUCUAAGCUCAUUAAUAAUUAGAUAUGGAAAUAUGGGUGAGCCCUUAGAAUGAAUGUAUGUACUCUUACUAGAGCUGAACAUUGUUUAUUCAUCAAGAAAAGACUUGAUCUGAAAACAGAUUUUAUUGCGUUUACUGUAGGACAUAUUUUUCUCUGUAAAUUUUUGCAAUGAUUCUUGAUGGCAGAUGUAGUGUCAGCAUCAGUACCUUCCAGUUUGUCACACCUUUGGAGCAAUUUUUUUGUUGUCUAAAAUUUGUGUUGCUGAUUUUUUCUCUUUUCUCCUCAAUGACUCACUCCUGCAAACUCCCCAGCACCCUGAGAAGUUGUCUGGGGCAGUGACUGGGCCUUAGAAGUCAGGGACAUUCUGCAUCACUUACUUUAAGGUACUGGUGCAAAAUUUCUGUGACCUGUCCAACUCCCAAAGAUUUCUGAAAUGAAAACCAUCAGUUUUAAUGUAGUGAAGCAGAAGAAGAAAACUUCUUUGAGGGAGACAUUUUAAUGUAGAAAUUGAAUACAGAUUACUAUUACACGUACCGAUUCUAACAAAAAUUCUGAGGUAAAAUCGGAAUGAGGGUUGAGGGGAGGCCUUUGGGCCUGAGCUGUUUCAACUUGAAACUAACAGCAAAAUGCCCUUUCGUUGAACUCAUAAUUGUAUUGAGCCCUUUACUUCCUUAUCAUACUUCUCUGGAGGAAAAAAAUCUGUCCUGUUUAAAGCAGUCUUUAAAAUUAUGGCUUGUCACUUGUAAGACAGACUGACUUCCUCCUGAAGCUGAAUUCUCAGUGACAACUAAACAUCCAUUUAAUUCUCUGACUGAUGUGCAUGCCUGCCUACUGUUACUGUUAGUGAGAGGAGCCCAUGGGCAUCAACAGGAGAGCAGACCUCACCCUGAAAGUGUGAACAAUAGGAUUGGUGGGUUAGAGAAGUGGUGCAGCAUGGAACCUGCAGCACAGCCAAAUGUGAUUUCAGUUAUGAAUGAAGGUAGAAAAACAAAUGUCCGGAUAUUGUCACAAACUUGUUAUUUAAUCAUUCUCUCUUAUAUUUGUUUCUUCCUGUUCUCAGAUUUUGAAAUAUUUUUAAAACUUAGUAUUAAAAAUGUUAAAGCAGUUCCCGAACAUCUUGAUAAUUUUAACUGGAACAUUCAGCAAAAUUUAUUGUUAGAACAGGCCUUCAAGAAUGUUCUGUGGUUUUGGUCUCUUUAACUCAACUGCUAGAUUUUGUAGUGCAUCACAGCUGGAUUUCAGACUACUUUGUUGUGAUGAUUGAUUUUGAGGGGAAAGUCACAGGAGCAUUUCCUUGUCACUGAAUGAACAAUGCCAGUUGAAGAGAUGUCAUCUGAGAGCGAGAGCAUUAAAAUAAGAGAUAUCUUCAUGCAGUAGCAGUAACAGUGACUCAAAUUCCCCUCUUGGAGCCUUGUGGCCCUCGGAGGGUCCUGCUCAGAGAAACUGUGACAUGGGAAUUGUGGAAUUUCAUACAUUCAAAGCAGCGCUGGUCUGUGUGGGCAUCGCGUGGCUUCUAAACUAGUGUAUUUUACAGAGGGAGAUUUUUUUUUUUUGCCCAGGGUGAGUAGGGUGAGUGCCAACUGGCCUGUAGUGACAUGGAUUAGUUUAGCCUUAAGAACUUAUCACUGCCCCUCCUUAAGUUCAAGCAGGGUUUUUUCCUUUCUGCAGACUAUGCAGAAAUUUUAUGCACCCAAUGUAUCUGCUUAUAUUAUGCCUACCUGAAUAUGGCACAAUUAUAUUAAUGCUGGCAAGCUUAGUUCUUACGUUAGGUGGUGUGACUGAAUUAAUAAAUGGGCCUGGUACAUGCUGGAUCAGGUUUUACUGUUCGGGCUUACACUGGUACAAUAUAGAAAUAAGAUCCUUAUGUGGAGGAAUGUGCCAGGAGUUAGGAAAGUGGGUAGUAUUGCUCCUGUAGGAAUGAAGACCAAGAAACAGCUAUGCCCAGAAAAUGGGCAAGGCUAGCUUAUAGCAAGAAGGAAUCAUUCACUUCCUUGCAAGCAUGUACUGGUUGAGCUGGCAUAAAGACCCUACUCAGGAGAGCAGAAGCAGUAAUACCAUAUCACUGAAGGAAUACCUCAUGGACAUUCAGGGAUGUAAUUAAUGUCAUCCUUUUGUCUCUUAUAUCUGAGGACAAGAGUCUUGCCCAUUGUAUCAAUACCAUUUUUUUGCUAUGUUUUGCGAAUCCUGUGGACAUUCACUGCAUGCUGAGGGUCUAAAGUGGAUUGCUUUUUAACUUUUGGUUUAUUUAGAAAGCAUGAGUUUGAAGGAUAUUACAGAAUUAACUAGAAGCAUUAUCAUAGCUUUGAGAUGUAAUCUCUAGGCCAUAGUGCAAGCAAGGAGCAGGGCUUUGAACCAGUUUUGAUAGUUUUGCAAAUGGCUCAUUAUGACAUUUUAAGAAAAUUUCUAAGCAGUUGAAUGUAUUAAGGAAUAUUUACAAAAAAGGAGAUAGAGCAAUGAUCUUUUUUUACUAUACAGCUAGUUUGCUGUCCUUUCCAGUAAACCACAAGGUUCAUUAGUGCUCAGUACUGUUUUGUUUACGAUAACUGUUUUUAAUGUGAUUUUCAUGACAAAGUGUAAUUAGUGAAACCUUUUAUUCAAUUUUUCCCUUUCUUUGCUUUUUUUAAGGAGAGAUUUCUCCUUAUAUAGUAUAUAUACUUUCUUACAGAGCUUUCUUACCUAUUUUUAUAUAAGAUUUAACAAUGUAAAAUUAAAUGCUCUAUGAGCAAACUAUAUCACUGUUAACACAAUCAAAAGUGCUACUAUAAUGACUAAGGGCCUGAACCUUCUGCCUUUUACUCAGGUCCUGGUUUAACCAGAUGUAUUUCAUGUUGUGUAGUACCUUUCCCUGUAAGUAGUUCCAUCUAUUUCUUGGGAUGUCUCAGAGAAAGGCACUACUAACAUGAAUAACAGUGGUAAAACUGAGCCUCCUCUCCAUUCUUAGUGGGACAUCUGUCAUGAAUACAGGCUGCUGGCUCUGUCCCAAAGUGUAGUCAUAGAUUAUAGUUCCCUUGAUCUUCAGUGAUUUUGAACUUGUUUUUCUGGUGACUAUAAGCUAGUAACUGAUCUUAGUGAAUACAAAUAUUGAACUGUGCUGUUAUCAGCAAGAUUAUUAAAAUGUAUUUCACAUCUUAAUUCAUUCUUUCAUUGGGAUAUAAGGAUUUUGAAGCAUUAUAUUGCGUAGAGAUAGCACACAUUCACCACAUUUCUAAAAAGUAUGGGAUAUACAGUAUGUAGCAUUUUCUUGCAUACUUUUAUACUGCCUGUAUGUCACCGAUGCACUCGGUGCCUUCCUUCUUUUGUAUAAAACUAAUACGUAGAGAAACUAAAGUUAUGGUGUGUAAGCAAUGUCACUGCAACUGAAGAGAUGUCUUAAACUGAUUAUUUCUAGUCCAGGAGGUUUCAAAGGGCAGUUCAGUUAAACACAGUGCUUUAUAUUUCUUUGAAUUUGAAGUUUUCCCAUUUCCUUCCUCACCCCCUGUCCAAGAAACUUCCUCGUAUGACUGUUUAUUCUUAAUUGAUUCCUGUGUCUGAUGUAAGUCACAUGGUGUUAACCAAAGAACCAAGUCUGUUUCUAAUUAUUUGGACAAAUAAUGUUUGCACUUGCUAUUACUUAAAGACAGAAGUGAUAUGAUGGAUCUCUGUUAACAAAUAUAAAAUAGGCUUCUGUAAAUGUGACUCCCAGCUGAGAAUUCCAGAUACCUCUUUUCUGACUGGAUGUGCAUUGUUGUAUCAGUAGCAAAGUGUUUGGGUUGUAUUUCUUGGUGCAUUUUAAUCAAAAUCCUAUUACAAACAAAAAUGUAAGUCAGUCAGUGCUGUCAAAUUAGCUUGGUUUACCCAUGUUAUAUCUGAAGUGUGCUAUUUUGAGAACAGAUUUGGCUUUCCUGUGUCUGAAGUCCUGAUAUUGUACAAUAAUUAUCUUGUGUAUGCUGGUCUUACAGGAACAGACUGAUGCUGCAUUGUAUGUACAUUUCCUACCAGUGUCCCUUCAUUGUAUAAUUUAUGUAAUAUAACACAGUUUUGAACUACUGUUUCAACCUGAAAUUCCUUAAAUUUCAGUGCAUGUAUAGCCUUAAAUAUUUAAGACACCAAGCACAGUUUUAAUGGGAAUAGGUUAUAUUUGCAAGUCCUGUUUGACACAGAAGUCAGAGAAUUAUUUUUAUAUAUCAGUCAAAGAUUGUAGAAAAUGGGUAUAUUGCAGUCAUCUUAUCAACCAUGCUCCUACUUAUAUGCAUUAAAAAAAGGGCAUUUUUACUAAAGGUUUUAGAGGUAAAAUAUCAGUGCUCAUUUCCUUUUUUGAAUUUAUUUUGUUUUCAUACUUCCAUUUCUGUACAGAACCAUGGUGCCCUUAACUAAUACCCGUGAAUGAAUUCACACCUAUUUUCAGUAUUCCUUGAGCUGCUUUUCCUCUCCGUUCCUUUUUCCAACUGAAUAAGUGGUAAUUAAAAUUUCCCUAAAAAAAAAAAAAAAUUCCCCCCCUUUUUUUUUUUUCAUUUUGACAGUAACAUAAUUAGAGCAAAUGACUGUUUGCAGCUGUUUAUGCAGCUUAUUAGAGUCUUAGAAGUUUGUUUGAAGCUGUCAUUAUAAUCCAGAGGAAGACAUACGUCUCAUGGCAUUUGAGUCCACAGCAGGUGAAAACGGGAGCUCUGGCGAUGAACAUGCAGAUCUGCGCAUUGGGUGUCAGACUGUACAUCCCCAGAGGGAUUUAUAAUUAAGUGUCACAUUGUAUCUGCAGUACCUCCAGUUGUGUGUUGUCAGAUUCUUGUUGUUUUAUUUUCUUUCUUACUACCUAGCAAAAAAGUACUUUUAUCAUUUUCGUGCUACUGUAUAUUAAUCUUGAGGGUUUCCCGUGCGCAAGAACGGUUUAAUGUUGUCAGUUCUCUUUCUGUAAAAAAACCCUGGACUUUCAGCAUACACGUCCCAUUCCUAUUCUGGGGAGAGCCAGAAUGCCACCAGCUGGUUUUAGUUAUAUUUACCUGUACAGCACAGGUAACUUUAAUCCCAUGUUAGUUUGAGUGAAACAUGCUGUAGUAUAUUUUCAAACCAUGGAUCUGUCACAGCAUUAAAAUAGUCAUUUUGCAUAUCUGAAACUUUGCAGCUGUGGAUUUGUAUUUUGUUUACUUCUAUCUCUGUGAAAUGUAUUUUUGUCAGUUUGAGGACUUUGGAUAUUACAAAGUAUUUUCUGUAUGUGGAAUCGGCUUUUUGCAUGUGAAUUUAAUUGCUGAAAAGUAUUUGAAAAAAAGGAAAAAUCACUUUUAAAACUGGUUGUCGUCACUUUCCUUUGGAAUUCAUUAGAUUGUAAACAAAAACAGAUUUCACUGUUCAAAAGAUAGUAAUGCUUGCUCAACCAUUGGAACUGCUGUCUGCAUUAAAAAAAUAAAAUCUUUUUUAAUUUUGGCAAGCUAAUCCUAGCCCUUACACACAUUUUGGCUCUGUUUACAAAUUUCCUAAGUUACCCCAAUUCCCUUUUUGUUCCUCACAGUCUUUGUUGAUGUCAUCUUCUACUUAGAGAAUUUUAAAUUAACCAGUGUGAUAAUGUUCUAAAAAAUAUGAUGUGUAUACUGGCAAAUAAAGACACACUCAGGUGAUCA